GCGAGGACGUGAAAACUGGGGUCGAGAGGAGGGAGAGAGGGGGGGCGGUCUCUCAUGAUCAUGGCAGAAGAGAGGAAUGCGAGUAUCAGCGAUGGGAGGAAGAAAAGGGGAGGAGGGGGCGCGGAGGCGCCGGCGGUGGUGGCGCCGUCGGAUGAAGAGGAGGACGAGGAGGGAGCAGGUCGGAGACACAAGCGACUACGUCUAAGCGUGCGGCGACGCGAUCGGGACCGGCAUCGGGGUCGGGAUCGUGGCGGAAAGAGAGCGAUCGGGUGGGAACAGCACGGAAGGCAUGGCGACGAUGUCGGGGAGAUUGAUUCUAACGGAGGCGGCCUCCACGUGUCAAGCUUGGGUGAUCAUGCACGUGGCGGCGGAAGCGACUCAUCUUUGGACGCGGCGGCGUCGGCGGCGGCAGAAGCUGAAUGUCCUCCUGCUGAUUGUCACUCCGAUCUCUCUUCGCGUCCAUUGGAAGGGAGGCGCCUGGGGUUGGACGGAGCUUUAGCAGGGUGGUGUUCCGCAACGGGGGGACCAGCAGGAGGAGGAGGAGGAGGCGGCGGAGGGGAAGGGGGAAAGGUACAAAGAGCCGUGGGAGUCGGAGGAAGAGGAGGGUGCACAGGAGGAGGGGCUCGAGAGGGAAUGCAAGUGGGAGGGGCUCGGGAGAGAAUGGAAGCUAAGGGCAGCAGAGGGGCAGAGAGAGGAUCCGGCACUGCAAUCGGGGCAGGUGGAGGGGGAGACGCAGUCUUUUCCCCACAGAAAGUGGGGCGGAGGCGAGCGAUCGGGUUGAAUGCUCUGGGGAUUGUAAAUGAGGGCGCCACCCCCUCCACCUGCCCGGUCCUCUCUCCUGAUGCCGGCUAUUAUGAAACCAGAAGUCGCGAGAUCGAGGACGAGGAGCGAGAACUGGUUAAAAUACUAAAUUGCCAUCGACAGGACGGCGACGGCGGCGUUGGCGGCGUUGAGCAGCAGGGGCCAUUGCCACCAUGGCUUCGUCCCGCUGUGGGUACUUUUGCGGAGAUUUUUGUCCCAACGACACGGGGCUUGAAUGCAUGCCAGCUCUUGUCGGGAGUUGAGGUGGGUAGUGAUUCAGGCAAGGGGCAUGUACAGCAGCACCAGCGCUCUCGUUUGACGAUUGCGGGAUCGCCAGAGUCGGGGUCUGUAUCUGUUGGCGCGCAAUGUUGCGGUUUAAAGACAGCUGGAGGCGAGAUUGGAAAAAUGAUGAUGUCUCAAGGCACGCAGAGAAAAGGGGAUGAAGGAAGAAGAGGGGGAGGAGGACGAUUGGGAAACAGGAUAGUAGAAGGGAAAAGAGAAGGGGAGGUAGGAGGAGAAGUAAACGGGAGGGGAGGAGAAGAGAGAGAAGGCACAAGAAGCAGCACGGGGAAAGUCGCGCUGCAACUCGUCAAGAGAGGAGGAGGAGAAGAAGGAGAUGGCGUGGUAGCUUCUCCAUACGGAUCUCCAGAAGGCGAGCGAGAAAAGGGUCCAGCAGAGGCAGAGGGAGAAGAAGGGCGAGAGAGGGAGAGAGAAGGGAGACAAGCUGUAAUGGGAAGAGAAGGGAGAAUAGAAGAAAAAGAAGGGAGAGAAGGGGGAAGAGAAGAAAGAGAAGGGAGAGAAGGGGAAAGAGAAGGGAGAGAGUGCGGAAGGUACUGGAGAGGAGGGGGAAGAGAAGGGAUAGAAGGGGGAAGAGAAGUGAUAGAAGGGGGAAGAGAAGGGAAAGAAGGACGUAGAGAAGGGAUAGAAGGGGGAAGAGAAGGGAAAGAAGGUGGGAGAGAAGGGCGAGAAAGGGGAGAAGGGGGAAGAGAAGAAAGAAAAGGAAGAGAAGGGGGAAGAGAAGUGAAAGAAUGGGGAAGAGACUGGAGAGAAGGGGGAAGAGAAGGGAUAGUAGGGGGAAGCGAAGGGAGAGAAUGGGGAAAAGAAGGGAAAGACCGAGGAAGAGAAGGAAGCCAGAGGGGAAGUGAAGAGAUAGGAAACAGCAUUAAAGCCUGCGAUGCAGUUCAGAAAUUGACUUUGAGUACCCGGAGCGAUGAAAAGACAGCGGUAGUCUCCUGUUCCGACACUGUGGGACAAAUCUGUAUGGAGUUCAGCAGCAGGAGUACCGGCAGCAGGGAAACCAGCUCGGUGAAAGUUUACAGACGGCGAGAGCGGCGAGAGGAAGGGCGGGAUGCUUUGAGAAGCCAAACAUUACCACAGAGAGGUUCAUUCUCCCCCUCCCCGUCUUCGUCAGUCCCAGCUUCCGCUCAGCCUACCGGUAGUACUGAAGGAGACGACAUGAAUGCCUCCCCGUCUUCGUCAGUUCCACCUUCCGCUCGGGCUAGGACUGGGGGAGAGGACAUGAAUGCCGCCCGGAUCAAGGACAAGAGAUCCAGUGAGGGUGGCGACCGUGCGAUGUGCUCCGAGUGCAUCAAUCAUCAUCCGAGUGCUGAUCCGCGUGUUCAGGAGACUGCUGAUGAUAGCAGAUAUGAAGACGCAGAGUGUGGAGGGAGGAAAAGGCAGCGACUCACAAGCGAGAAGGAAAACCUCACAAUGCACUUGAAGGAAGACGAUCAAGUCGAGGAUAAAUCUGGAGAACGCGGCCUUGUUGGGCUUAUCUUCAUGCCUGCUCGACCCAGGAGGGGUCUGGAAGAGCUGCAGACCGCAAAUGAAGACGCAUUGGGCCUAAGCAGUGGCCACGUGGAGGGCCUUGCGAGUGGCGCAGAAAGAGACCUCCUGGAGAGGGCAAAACAGGGUGAGCGACGAGGGGAGCCAUCAUUGAAGCAAGAAUGCAAGGAGGAGCUGACGGAAGAGAUGCAUGGAGCGCAGGAAGAGGAGGAAGAGGAGGAAGAGGAGGAAGACAUCGUCCAGUUCUGUAGCCAGAUCCCGGUUUGCGAAGAUUUGGGCAGUAACGACGCUGUUCGCUUGCAACGUGGCUGGAUGGGAGGAGGUGAGGGCUCAGAAGUCACGACCUGGAGGGGAAGUUGCCAUGGCGAUGAGAACAAGAACGGUGACAUUGAUGGGAACCGGGAUGCCUCGGAGGAGUUGGUCAGGAUCAAGCAUGGAAAACGUCCCUUUGUGGCAUGUGCACCCGUUACCCUGGCCAUGCAUUCAGCUGAUGUUAAUUGUGGACUUGGAGGAAGAGGAGCAGGAGGAGAAGGAAGAGGAGGAGGAGGAGGAGGAGGAGGAGGAGGAGAACGAGGGGGUGAGAGAUCAAGUAAAGCAGUAGGAAGGAUGCAUUGUGGAAGAGGAGAAGCAGGAGAGAGUAGGAAAAGAGAGGGAGGAAGAGAAGGGGAAAGGGGAGGAAGAGGAGGAGAGGGAGAGAGAGGAGGAAGAGACGGAUGGAGAGGAGGGGCAGAAGGGUGGAUGGAUGGGAGAGGAGGGGGAGAACGAGGAAGAGAGGGAGGAACAGGAGGACAAGAAGGAGAGGGAGGAGCGAGAGAAGAGGCAGGUAGAGAAGAAAUACCAAUAGCAGUACAAGCGAGUGCUGGGGGGCAAAUGGGGAGUCGAGGGGCAGAAGUGUGGAUAGACGGGAGAGCAGGGGGAGAACGAAGAAGAGAGGGAGGGACAGGCGGACAAGAGGGAGAGAGAGGAGGAGGAGAGGGAGGAGCAAGAAAAGAGGCAGGUAGAGAACGAAUACCAAUAGCAGUACAAACGAAUGCUGGGGGGCAAACGGGGAGCCUUGACGGACGUGAUGUCGGCGACGGUCAGGCAGCGAUGGCCGUUGGACCGAUGGAUGAUGAGGUCCGCAGCGGCAAUGUCAGCACGGGUCGUGCAGGAGUUUCGCUUUGUCCUGUUGCUUGGACUGAUGAAAUUGGACCUUUGAACGAAGACCCGGACAAUGUCACACCUCAGAAAGCGGGAGGAGAAGCGAGUACUGACGUGGCUCAGUCGGCUCAUCGUUCCGUGGUCGUGGGAUUGGAUGCAGGGUGGCGGGAAACCGAAAGGGAGGCCCGUGACAAGGACACAAGUGAUGGAAUGCUCCGCUCUGCCGCAGGUGGGGACAGUUGCGGCUCAGUCGAAGAUGCAUUGGUUGAAACGGACGGUGCAGAUGUGAGAUCUAGGGAGGUGGAAAAACCCUCGAGGAGUGGGUUCGGUGGAAGGUCAGCGGCUGAUUUGCAAAAAGAAGAUGUAUUGGGAGUUGGGGAAAGGAGGAGGGUCCAUGCAGCUCCUGAAGGAUUGAGAGGAGUGGAGGGUUCUCCUCCGACAACUGCUGAGAUGCAGCGAGUUGUAGAUCCAAGCGAUCAGGCAGGUGCACAUGAAGCUGAGCCUCAAAUCAGCAUGGGGAGAAGGGAGGAUAGUGGAAGGGAUAAGGGGAGGGAGGAGAGGUUGAGAGCGUUGGGGAGUUCUUCCCCGACAGCAGCUCGGAUACGUGAAGGUGAGAUGGGAAUCGGCAUGGAGAGGAGGGACGAUAGCGGGAGGGAUGACGCAGGGGAGGAAAACAGAGGAGGUGCAGGUCGAAAUCCUUCUAUUACGGCCAUUACAGAUGGAGGCGUCUCCGAGCUCCGAGGUGAUCCAGCAGCAGCAGCACGAGAGGGAGAGGGAGGGAUGGGAGAGGGACGGACGGAGGAGGGAGGGGAAAGACGAGGAGGAGGAAGCGGGAGCAAUGCCACAGAGCGAGGUGAUGGAGGGUUUCGGGAGGGAGAGCCAUCGCUGGCUAUGGCUGCCGGUGGAGCAGGAAUGGAGUGGUUGACAGUAGCGAUCGGUGGGCCAGCUGUGGGAACCAGUGAGCCAUUGCUGGCUAUGACUGCUGCUGGAGCGGAAGCAGAGCAGUCGACAGUAGCUGUGGGUGGGGCGGCUGUGGGAGGCAGCGCGGUUCGCGGUGGUGAUUUGCAGGGAGUACGGAGAGAGAGAAGUGUGAGUGUUGGACCGCCUGUGAUUGUCAUUGACGAUGAAGAAGAAGAUGAAUUUCAGACGGAGAAUUUUGAAGGGAGAGAACCAUCACAUGUUCGAGAGGUGGGGGAUAAUGCGAAUAAGGCAGGAGGGGGCGGCUCAUCCUGUUGUCAGCACGCCGUGCACAACGGGGAGGUGGGAGGAACACAGCGCACACGAGGUUCACUGGAUGCUGAUGGUGCCACGUGUAUGAUCUGCAUGGAGCCCUGGACUGGUACCGGUAGUCAUCGGAUAUGCUCCUUGGGUUGUGGCCAUUUGUUUGGCCGUUCCUGCAUUAAGAGGUGGUUGAAGCAAGGCGGACGAAGAAAUGGCAAGUGUCCACAGUGUCUACGCAAGGCCAGAGUUGAGGACUUGAGGAAUCUUUAUGUGCCUCGGAUCGCCGUAGUGGAUGCAACACAGCAAGGCCAAGCCGCAGAGGAAUUGAAGGCACUUCAGCUCGAAAACCAGCAGUUGAAAAGGCAGAAUGCUCAGCUACUGGAGGAAGCAAAGCGAAUGGAGUCCCUGUUAGAAUUCCUCCAUCCUGAACAACUAGCAGCAUUUCGUGGCUUGCAACAAAGUGGCAGCGAUGAUAGAAGCGGUCACUCGGUUGGUGGGUUGGUUGGCUCUUCCAGUCAUCAUUGGGAAAGUCUGAGCAGGUUUCGGCGUGAGCGAGACCAGGGCCCACGAAUCUCCUCUCGUCCCUCAGGAGAUUGCCACCAUCAUCAUCGGCGAUCACCACUGGAGCUAUCCUCUCCAGCAACAGGGAAUAACAGCCGGAAAGCUAACAACCCGACUGUUCAGAAUCCGAGUCAAAGGCCCUGGAGUUCAAACCCAUCAGACCAUUGCGUUAGUGCUGCUCAACGGUCUGAAACAUCCUCCCUAGCCUUGGGGCAGAAUGAGAGGUUAGCAGAGCCGGGGAGGGGAUCGGGGGCGGCAUUGGUGGAGUCGCUACAACGACAGGACCGUGUGCCAACCCCCAUACAGAAUCGAAGCGGCGGAAAGAGUGGCGUUGGCUCGAGCGGUAUGGCUGCAGGUACUGUGAUGCAAAGAGAGACAAGCUGGCCCAGGGGCACACGAGAGGGUGGAGCUCAGCCGGUGAGCUCUGUGACGACAGGACGGAGUGGAAAGGAGCAGUUUCCUGCUGCUGAUGCAAGAAGGGGGGAGGUUAGUGGUUCGGCAAGGCUGCCUAGGCAGCGCCCGUGGUAUGCCCAACAUGGAACUGGCUUCGAGGCUGCUCAAAGAUGGGAGCGCCCAUCCCUCCAAUCCCUUAGAUCCUCAUCAUCUCUGGCAAGCAUAGGAAGCCGUGGUCUUGAAGGCACAUUUUCCUUGCAGGACGCACUUCCUGUAUCUGGCGCACGGGUCUUCGACAUGGAUGCCGGGUCACAGCUGCUGCUAGUGUCCUCAAGGAGAACCACAGAGGGAAGUUCCGGAUUCUUUGGGCUGACCAAAGUCAGCCUGUUGUCGAUUGGAUGCACCGACAAGAUUUUGCUCCCAUCAGAAGUGGGAGCAAUACGAGAUAUCCGGUUUGCCCCUCCUCUGCCUGGUCGCCCGCCUGCGAAGUUAGCACUUGUAGCAUCUCUGGGAAAACGGCUAACCCUUGUGAACACAGAGAGCAACAGUGUCGUGUUGUCGUAUAGUCUUCCGGCAGCUACAUGGUCCUGUGCUUGGGAUCUGAAUAACCCCUAUCAGAUGUAUUCUGGGAUGCAGAAUGGGUCCCUGAUGAUCUUCGAUUUACGGCAGACGACAGGUCCAUUGGCGACCCUAAAGGGAUCAACUCAACAGCCUGUUCACACCUUGCAAUAUGUGGGUCAGCCCCAUGAACAUCGACAUUCAGCCCGGCAGACUCUAGACGUCCUUUGGUCAACAUUGCCUCAACAGUCGGGCAACGACAAUCAUCAAUGCCAGCAGCAGCAGCAACAGCAGGGACAAUGUGAAAUGACAGGUGUGCUCGCGGCGUCAUUCUCAGAAGUAAGUUUCUGGGACGUAUCUGCAGCUUUGAGUCGAGGCGGUGGAGACAUUUAUCGUCCUUACGUGCUGCCGUCUAUACAGCCCAGAGGCGUCUGCACAUCUCUGGCCUUUCACCAAGGAAGUUGGCUCACUGUUGCUUCCUUUAGGCCCACACCGCAGAAGGGCACACUCACCUCAUCUGUAGUUAGUUGUACCCCUUCAUCAUGUUCUUCUUUGUUCUCUGGGACCAGAAUUCUUCCCGCCGACGGUAUCGCAACGCCCUCAUCCUCCUCAGCGCCUGCUGUGGAGGUGGUGUCUGGAACACCACACAUACCUCCUCCAUCACUUUCAGAGGCUCUUUUGAAGAGCACACCAGAUGUAAACCAUGUGAAUGAGUCGGCAACUGGUGGCCACCUCGGCGAAGCGACUGAUCGAAGGGGAGCUUGCAGCUCGCCAUCCUCGGAUUCAAGUUUUCUAGAGCAUGGCGUCCAUCAUGUAUAUAGGAGGAGGCUGCCGACUUCAUUGCCAUUUGAAAGCAGUCGCUUAGGUAGCACAGAAGGAAGAGUAGAAGUUUCAGCAUGCCAAGAUGAAGGAUUAAGACCAAAUGGGAAGUCGUUCGUUACCUCUGUCAGCGGCAGCGACGGUAAUGCGUCUGUUGCGGAGAGCAAGUAUGACAGGGUAGAGUGGGUUUGGGAACAGGACUGUGCCAUGCUUGGCCAUAGGAACCAUACUGUCAUGACAAGGUCAGCGUUGUUCUCGAGUUCGUUGCCCAUUGACAGGUCGCUUUCGAAUGGAAACAGCAGAGGGAUCUGUGUGCGUACUCCGGAGGACGGACAGCAACAAAACCUACUCUUUGCGUAUGGUGAUGAAGCAUCGAAUGCGCUUUGGUUAUGGGACAUGGCUACAGGUCAAGUCAUCCAUAGACUUGUGCCUCACGAGUCGCCUGUCCUUGAUGCAAAGCACAUGCAUGUAUGGGGUACGGAUCGAGAGAUUCUUGGCUCUCUCAGUGAGAAGACAUUGCAAUUGUACAUAAGAGUUGGAGGCGAAAGCCACAAUAAUGUUCGGUAUCAUCAUUGUGAAAAAGGGAUUGGAAGCAGGAGCAGUGUGAAAAGAUACUGAAGUUUGGUGAUUUAGAUGCUCUGUGUAUCAGAUCGUAAUUGUCCCGCAAGAAAUAACGGUGACUUCAUUCUAGGAUAAUCUGAAAGGAAAAUCAAAUCUAAAAAAAAAG